CCUUUCAGCCACAGCUCAUCCUCGAGGGCGGGGAGAGGUGGCAUUUGAGUCCUCCGGUAUCCCAGCAGGCAGUGCAGCCUGGAGACGCUGACAAAGGAGCGGAGGAGCAGUCGCAGCUGCUUUCCGAGGAGCUAGUGUUGCCGAGAUUGCCAAAAUGCUUUGGAGUUUUUAACUGAAUCUCAGAGAAGUCCAAAAUAAACUUGAGACUGUAAAAACAGAAGCUGCAGCAAGGGGGAUUCAGUGCCAAUGCAUCAACAAAAAAGACAACCAGAGUUAGUGGAAGGGAAUCUUCCUGUUUUUGUGUUUCCCACGGAGCUCAUAUUUUAUGCUGAUGAUCAGUCAACACAUAAGCAAGUGUUGACUCUAUACAAUCCCUAUGAGUUUGCCUUAAAGUUCAAAGUUUUGUGUACUACUCCAAAUAAGUAUGUUGUCGUUGAUGCUGCAGGUGCAGUAAAGCCUCAGUGUUGUGUGGAUAUUGUGAUCCGUCACAGAGAUGUUCGAUCCUGUCACUAUGGUGUGAUAGACAAGUUCCGCCUCCAAGUUUCUGAGCAAAGCCAGAGGAAGGCUUUAGGAAGGAAAGAGGUUGUUGCUACUCUCCUGCCAUCCGCAAAAGAACAACAAAAGGAAGAAGAGGAAAAAAGAAUAAAGGAGCAUUUAACUGAAAGUUUAUUUUUUGAGCAGUCAUUUCAACCAGAAAACAAAAGUGUCUCCUCAGGACCUAGUUUACUAACUGUUUUCCUGGGAGUGGUGUGCAUUGCAGCUCUGAUGCUACCUACGCUGGGGGAUGUGGAAUCGCUGGUGCCUCUCUACCUCCACUUAAGUGUGAAUCAAAAAUUAGUGGCUGCUUAUAUCUUAGGUCUUAUUACAAUGGCUAUACUUAGAACAUGAGCAAGGAUUUCAAUUGACUUCCGAAGUAAAUUUAUCUUGAAAAUAUGAAUGUGGACUGCCUUUUAUCUCUGUUUCACUCCAUUAACAUGCUAUAAACUAUUGAAUUAUUUCAAAUAAUAGCAAAUGUAUAAUAUAUAUUUUAAACUGCUCUAUAAUUUUAUUUGAAGGACUCCAGCACAUUAUGUUACAGACAGCAAUGAUGCUUCUGAGUGAUAUCUAGAAAAUUAUUGGGAGAAAUUCUGUUUAUAUCUAUACUUAUUGUGCAAAAGACUUUAACACAUUUGUUAUUUUCCCUUUUCCCGAUUCACUUUCAUUGUAAAGGGUCAUGUGUCCUUCAAAGUUAAAAGCCUAGAAAAGCAAAUUGACCAGCCUAAAAAUAGAAUCCACAUGUAUUUCCUAGCUUCAAAGACCGCCAUUACUAUGUAAAUUAUGCCAUGCCCUCUUAUCAUUGUGUACAGUUGUCAUGGUGUUUCUAAAAUACAAGUUUUACAGUUACUGUGUGGGGGGUAAAAGUAAGAAGUGUAAGGUACCAGGGGAGCAUGCUGAUCCUGGGGUCUCACAGAAGACAGGGCAUAUUCCAUUCAUCUUGUGAACUACAGAAUGGCUUGUGGUCCAGAUACCAAGCAUAUGGCUUGUUUUAUGUCUUUUGUUUUUGUUUGUUUGUUGUUGUUGUUGUUAAACCUAAUAGCAGUAGAGUGACCUCUCUAUUUGUCUGAGUUUUAGAGCAAGACAGGCAUUUGUUUACUUAUUUGGCCCACCCUUGGCUUUUCCUGUAGUUAACGCUUUGUGGCGUUUCUCCCCCAGCCCCUUGCCUGCCUGAUGUAAGUGACAUGCCCAGACUGGGAUUAUCAACUAGCAGGUGGUUUAUGUGGAGAUGACUCUUCAUCCUUAAACUCUAAGCCAAGUAUAGGAAAUCUUUGGUACCUGUGUCUAUUUAAUAGCAGUCACUGAGACAUUUUUUAAGUUUUUAUUUAUUUUUUAAAAAACUUUACCAAAAAAAAAUCCCCUAAGCACAACUAUUUCCAUUUCUUUAUAACCUCUUCUGAUCUCUGACAUAUAUAUAUAAAUAUAUAUAUGCAGUUUUAACUGUUAUUAUCAUAGUAAAUGAUGUUGUUUCUUAGGAUUUUUAUCUGAAAGCACAAUGCAUUAAAGAGUCUCUUGACAAUUCUCUUUCAGAUCUUUUUACAGAAUGAAUUUAUGCACUGCUACUGUAGCAUUCUCAAGGAAUGUACAUGAACACAAGUGUAUGCUGGAGGGUGAUUUUAGCAGGAAACAGUACUCUGCUUCUAAAAGCUUUGAUGUCUAGUCUUUCAUAGAAAAUUCUCAUUGUUUAACCAUUUGGGGAGCCUGAAUUGUUAAAUGCAUUAUGUCUGUACAUUGUGUAAUGACUGAAAAGCACAUAAAUGUUAAUCUACUUUGAACUUUGUAAAAAAAAAAAACCUUAUGUUUGGAGGCUGUCCUUGUUUAUCCAUCUCAAAUCCUCUGUGUGUGCGUGCCCACACAGGUGCACGCAUGUGUAUGUACGUGUGUGAUAACACAUUGUAAAGAACAGAGAUUACUUUAAAAAAAAUAAAAGAAAAUGGAGACCUAA